GGGGGCUGGGAUCAGUCCCGGGGGUGCUGGGGUGGGAUCAGUCCCGGGUGGGUGAGCAACCCCCAGGUGUGUAGUGGGGGUCCCGGAUGGGGGGGGAUCGGUCACGGGUGGGUGUCACCGUGCAAGGGGCAGCCCCGCCGCCGAGCCCCGGGGCGGGGGGUGGUCGCGGCGGGCGGGGCGGGGCGGGGCGGCGGGGUUAUGUAAGGCGGGCGAUUACCGGGGACGGGGCCCGGGGCGCGGCCGGGCGGCGCCGCGAUGGGAGCGACGAGCAGCGGCCCCGGCCCGACCCCGGCUCCGGUGCGGCCCCCCCAGGGCCGCGCCGUGGGGUCGUGGGUGCGGGCGCUGUUGAGCCGAGCAGGGUCGGUGCCGGUAUCGGUACCGGUGCCGGUACCGGGGCUCGCCUUGGCCCCGCGGGGCCCCGCCGAGGAGCCGCCGCUGCCCGGGUGGCCGCUGCCGCAGCUCGUCUCGUUGUUCCUGCCGGAGUUCCCCGUCCGCCCCUCCGCCCGCCAGCAGCAGCUCAAGAUCCUGGGCUUCGUGGCCAAAGGCUCCUUCGGGACCAUCCUCAAAGUGCUGGACUGUGGGAGGGAGAAGGUCUGCGCCGUGAAGGUUAUGCCCAAGGUGGAGGUGCUGCGCCGUGACACCCUCAAACAGUGCAAAGAAGAAGUCAGCAUCCAGAGACAGGUCAGGCACCCGUUCGUCCACGGGCUGGGGGACAGCUGGCAGGGCCAGCGCCACCUCUUCAUCAUGUGCACCUACUGCAGCACCGGGGACCUGCACGCGCUGUGGCGCGCGGCCGGCUGCUUGGCCGAGGCCACCGUCCGCCUCUUCGCCGCCGAGCUGGUGCUGGUGCUGGUGUACCUCCACGACCUGGGCAUCAUGCACAGAGAUGUCAAGAUGGAGAACAUCCUCCUGGAUGAGAGAGGGCACCUCAAGCUCACUGAUUUCGGCCUCUCCCGGUACCUGCAGUGGGGCGAGCGAGCCCACACCAUCUGUGGCACCCUGCAGUACAUGGCCCCAGAGGUGCUGAGCGGGGGGCCCUACAGCCAUGCAGCCGACUGGUGGUCCUUGGGAGUCCUGCUCUUCGCCCUGGCCAGUGGGGAGUUCCCUGUGGCUCCAGCGGGGGACCAUGUGGCCAUGCUGGAACGUGUCAAACAGAGCAGCUACGAGAGCCCACCCGAAUUCAGCCCCGAGCUGGCCCGGCUGCUCGCCGAGCUGCUGUGCCACAACCCCCUGUACCGCCUGCGCUACCUCCACCACUUUCAGGGCCACCCCUUCUUCCGCGGGGUGGCCUUCGAUGCUGACCUGCUGCAGAAGGACCCGGUGGUGGUGGCAGUGGCCCCGCGACCCCCCGAGCAGCCCCCACCCGACCCCGCCACUUUCGCCGACUUUGACUACGACCUCGCUGCCCCCCCGGACCGGCCCUGGCCUGGCUGAGCCACCACGGCUGGGACCCUCGGCAUCGCUCAGGGACAUCCCCCUCCCCCGGCAGCGGGUCGGACCCUGCUGGGCCGGGUCCCCCAAGGGGUUACCCGGGUACCCCCCGAUCUCAUCCCCGGGUACCUCAACUCUGUACCUCUCCCCGCGGGAGCAAUAAACCCGAGAGCCGCGGGCACCGCUGCGGGUGCUGCCCUGACUCGUGGUGGGCAAAGCGGGACCGCCGGGCCGGGGGCGCGGGGCUGGACCCCCUCCCGCGGGGCGGGGUGGGGCAGGUCUGGGGGGCCGUGUGGGGUGGUUUGCCCGAGGCAGGCGAUGCGGGAGGAGCUGAGUCCGGCUGCCCAUCCUUCUGUCCAUC